GCCUGUUGCUGCACUGAUUGAGAGGUGCAUGGGUGGAACUUGAAUUUCAACAUCGGGACUAAUAGCCUACACCUCAACCAGGAAAAUUCAUGGCAAAAUAACAUUUAAUUAGGAGAUAUUUGGAAUGAACGCAGCUGAACGCAACUGCAUCUCUGGAGGCGUUAUCUCCAAUUCCAGCAGCCAGGUCGAAAUGCAGAUAUCCAAAAGUCCUUUUAUCACCACUGUCAAUGCAGUCCCAUCGAGACGAGAGCUGCGCUGGAUAAUCGAGCCAGUGAUGCCCAGUGAGAGUCUGCACCAGACCAGUCAACCUCCAGCAAAUCAGAGAGAAAGCUUCAGAAGAAAUCUACAGCUCACUCCAGAUGAAGAGGAGAAGAUAAGACGGAGAAGAGAGCGUAACAAAAUGGCUGCUGCCAAAUGCCGCAACCGCAGACGAGAACUUAUUGACCUUCUUCAGGAGGAGACUGAGCGUCUGCACAUGGAGCAGGUCGUGCUGCAGAGGCAGGUGAGCUGCCUGCAACAGGAGAAAGAGCAGCUGAAAAUGCUACUGGCAUCCCAUGCAUCCAUCUGCACACUGGCACAGGACAAACCUCAUUCCUUGGACACUUUUUUGCCAGGAGAGCACCUCCCAUCCAAAAUUUCCAUCACAGUAAAACAGGAACCUCUGGAUGACGUAAGUGGGUCGGGACAUUUGGCACUCCAACAGACGGAGAAAGGCUCUAAAUUACACUAAAUUCAGUGAAGACGAUGACACACCAGUGCUUUUUAUUUACUAUCUUUGUAAAUGCCUCAUUACCACUACUAAAGAGACACUCUGUGUUCAACAUCCAACGUUUCCUGUGUUAAGAAACCUAUUGCAGAUGAGAGUGAAAUCAAUUCUGGUGUUCUGUUAUCAUAUUUGUUCCUUGUUUCCAUGUAGUGCCAUGUCUGUUAUAACUGUCUUUUAAGUAGCAAUGAUAUUUUCUAACAAUGGCUGUAAAUGACUGGUAUUUUUUUAUUGUGGUACGUACGUCUAACUCUAAAUGCACUGACAUUAUAUGUUCAACAAAAAAAUAAAAAGGGCCCGACAGUAAGAAAAGAACGGCCUGAUGUUGAACAUAUUGAACAUUAUUGUGAAUUGAACUUUAACUUAUUUAAAUAAGUUACUACGGUAAUGUUAUCCAGCUGGC